CACUUGUUGACUGCGUUGACUGGCGCUGCAGUGCAGUGUCAGCAAAAAUGUAAACAAAUCGUACGGCUUUCUGGUGUGAUAAGAGACGCAUUUUGAACUAAAAACUGUAGUUUCAGCUAGAUAGCGUAAUAGUUAAUAGUGAAUUUCGAGGAUUUGAUGAGUUUCAACGGAACUAGCACUAUCCGAAAUGGAUUCACCUCUUCCAAGCUCCAGCCGGAGAUGUUCCAGCAGAUUAUCACUGACGAAGAAGUUCUCCGAAGCUACCAAAGCUACGGCACCCACGAGAGAAUUGAGGGUAAAAAGCACUCAAAAAACGGUGUCCUUAUGUUCAGUUCAGAAGGAUGAAAUGAUCCAGACCUUGACACUGGACCCCUUCACACUGACCCAGCUAACUUUAGCGGAAGAAGAUGACCUCAUAUCGCAGGCGGCCGAUGCACACACGUUGUCAUCUAGGGAAUCGAUCAAGGAGGAACGCAAACCCAUAGAUGUUCCUGUCAUUUCAAUAAGUAGUGGUAGUGACAGAGAAGCUAGUCCAACGCCCAAAAAAAGCACGAUCUCCGAGUUUUUCACUCCCAUAAAAGCGAGACGGGCUUCGCCGUCAAGUUCCGGUAUGGGCGUCAGCACCGUCAAAGGUGCCAGCACGACUCAGAAAUCAUCUUCGCGUAAAGAAAAUUACUCAAAGACUGAUCCCAAAAAGGUCAAGAAAGUUCGUCGUCAAAUUUGCAAAUCAACCAACAUCAAAAUGCUAACGAACAAGUACUUCGAUGAUUCACAAAAGCGAAUCACCAACUUCUUCUCAAAAACUAAUGAAGACCCGGACAAGGUUGGGUACCACCGGGUGCUGAAAUCUUCCGUCAUGCCGGCCAUCAACACGGACGAUGAGAACAUGGAGAAGUUCCUAUCGGUGGACAUUAAUGUCGGUUCCCAACCGUUGCGGGCGACACAAAUUGAAGGUCCUGCUUUGGAACCGAUUCCCGAUGAUCCAGGCAAAAUCAUGGAGCGAAUCGAGAAAGCCCAAAGUGCCUUGUACGACAAAGAUGUGGAAGAUUGGAACAUGGAAGUGACUGAUGUUCCGAUCAUGGUGUCUAUACCGGUGAACGAAGAGACAGGAGAUUCCGGCUAUUCCGAAACCAAAACAGUCGGUCAGCAGCAAGCUAAAACUCCGGCAGUGAAGCGAAAGUCUACGGCCUUCAAAUCCACAGCCAAAAAAGAACGUCACGCUGGAAAAACUCCAGCCACCACGGGAAAGAAGCCACAGGGACAGCGACGGAAAAUUGUGUGCCCGAAGUAUAAGAUUAUCGCCGGGACCAACUUUGCUGUGGAUGCCUUCCGUUACGGAGAUAUCGAAGGGGUUUCCCAUUACUUCUUGACGCACUUCCACGCCGAUCACUACAUCGGCUUGAAGCGGAGCUUUGACAAACCGCUUAUAAUGUCACCGAUAACGUCUCGACUCGUGAAGGCGUUUAUCAAUGUUCAAGAAGAGUUCUAUCGGUUGAUCGAUCUGCAUGAAACAAUCACGAUAGACGACGUGCGGAUAACGGCAUUGGAUGCGAAUCACUGUCCCGGGGCCGUCAUGUUCCUAUUCCAACUUCCCACGGGCACCAACAUCCUCCACACGGGAGACUUUCGGGCCAGCUCGGAUAUGGAGGAGUACCCAGAGUUCUGGAACAUGGACGUCCAUUGCAUCUACCUGGACACAACCUACCUCAGCUCCAAGUAUGCCUUCAAAUCCCAGUGGGAAAGCAUUACCGAAGCCUGUGACGUGGUGCGGACCAUACUCAACCGCAAUAUCGGUGCCCGGGUGUUGAUAGUGUGCGGAAGUUAUCUGAUUGGCAAGGAGAAGGUGUGGGCCGAACUGGCGGCCCAGUUCAAUUAUAAAGUGUGGACCGAGCCCAAUCGCAGGAAGGCUCUGGCUGCGGUGGAUGAUGCUUUGCAGAAUCAGUGGUUAGUGGACGAUGCCAAGUUUGCUGAUAUCCACGUGCUGUCGAUGAAUAAGCUGUCUUAUGACGAACUAACGGCAUAUUACGAGCAAUUCCCGGAUCGAUACGAUCUGCUAAUCGCUCUGCGGCCCAGCGGUUGGGAGAAAAACAGUCGGCCUCAGUACCGAGGGCGCAUCAACAUCAUCGGCGUGGAGUACAGCGAGCACAGCAGUUUCGAUGAAUUGAAACGGUUUGUACGGUUCCUGCGGCCACAUGACGUGAUAAGCACCGUUCCGUACGGUAAUUCCAACCAGAAUAAAACACCUCAAGUUCCCCUGGGCUGGUACCGGGGGGAUAUUCGACCCGAGCGCCAGGCUUUGCAGCUUUCGAUGACCUCGUUUGUGAAGGUGGGUUCGAAGACGCCUUUUGCCAGACCAGAAAGGAAAAAGUCUUCCGUUGCCAUUAAGGCCGUUCCGGCUGAAGAAGAUGAUGAUGAUGAUUGUACAAUAGUCUUAAGUGAUACUGCCAAUGCGUCGAAAUCGGUGCAGAAUAAUGAAGGGCGGGCAGAUCAUGAUGAUACGGCGGUACACUCUGAAAAGGGCGAAGAAGAUGGGGAUUCGGACAGUGAUUGGAUGCCAUAGUUUUUUAAGUCCAUAACACGAAGAGCAUUUAUUGUGAUGAUUAAGUUUUAACUGUUAUUUGUUAUAAAUCGGUUCCCGCGAUACCGUAUGCAAUGUAAUGUUUAUAAUAUAAACAAACCAAAGGAGAAUUAAAAAGAAUGUUUAAUAAAUUAACAAAUGUA